ACGUACUUUGCAAUUGACAAUUACGACGAGCAACUUGGCGUGCAGGAACCGGAGUCGUGAACUCGUUCUGCGAUCGUCAUCACCGACCAUCAUCGCUUUUUCUUCUUUACUUUCUCAUCAGAGUCUCUCACUGUGCCAAAACACGAUUUUUGUAUUGUACCUUUCUUUUGAGUUCUGCGCUUUUCGAUCUUAAGAAGACGUAAAAAGGAGCAACAACAUGUUGGAGAAGAUCGGGUUGCCGUCAAAGCCUUCGCUGCGAGGGAACAAUUGGGUGGUCGACGCCUCACACUGCCAGGGAUGUUCCUCUCAGUUCACCUUCAUCAAUCGCAAGCAUCACUGUAGGAGGUGUGGGGGAAUCUUUUGCGGCAGUUGUACUCGACAAAGAAUGGUUUUACGCGGACAAGGUGAUUCACCUGUGCGUAUUUGUGAACCUUGUAAGAAGCUAGAAGAGGCAGCACGGUUUGAAUUGCGACAUGGACGCAGACCUGGGAGAGGAAGCUUGAAAUCAGCACCUAGAGAUGAAGAUGAAGUUUUGAACCAGAUUCUUGGUCAAACCAGUGACAAAGUUCCUAGUGGACAGAGAUCUGUUGGCGUUGCAUCUUCUUCGAGUAAUUCCAAUUUUGAUGAAGACAUACAAAAAAUUGUCUCAAAUGACAAGCCUAAUGUUUUGGGAAUUGAUUUGGAAUCCACCACUCCUGAUGAGUUACGUAAGCAAGCUUUGGAGGAGAAAAAGAAGCAUAAAAUUCUGAAAGGAGAGGGGAAAUCUGACGAGGCAUUGAGAGCUUUUAAGAGAGGGAAGGAGCUUGAGAGACAGGCUGAUGCUUUGGAAAUUCAGUUAAGAAAGUCUCAUAAGAAGAGUUUGCCUUCUGGAAACUUGUCUGACGUGCUUAACAAAGGCAUUUCUGCAGAGUCUGACAGAAAAACAAAGUCACUUUCUCAUGUUGGUAGAGAAAAGAAUGAUCUUACUUCCGAACUUAGAGAUCUGGGAUGGUCUGAUAUGGAUCUACAUAAGGAAGACAAAAAGUCAUCAAACUUGAGUUUGGAGGGUGAACUCUCAUCAAUAAUUGGAGAAGUCUUUACAAAAUCUGGUGAACAAAAGGGCAGCAAGAUUGAUAAGUCCCAAGUUGUUGCUCUGAAAAAAAAUGCUCUAAUGCUGAAGCGUGAGGGUAAGCUUGCAGAAGCCAAAGAGGAAUUAAAAAGAGCUAAAAUUUUAGAAAAGCAACUGGAAGAACAGGAACUCCUUGCUGAAGCUGAAGAUUCUGAGGAUGAGCUAUCAGCAUUAAUUCGUGGCAUGGAUGAUGGUAAAGAAUUACCAAAUCUGCAUGAUCGUGGGCAUGAUUUUGAUUUUGAAUGCCUUUUGGCCAUUUCCGAUGACCUUGAUGGUAAUUUUGAAGUGACCGAAGAGGAUAUGAUGGAUCCUGAAAUAGCUGGUGCUUUGGAAUCAUUAGGUUGGACUGAACCUGAAAAUACAUCUUCCAAGUCUCAAACAUUUGACAAAGAACAUUUGCUUAGUGAAAUUCGAUUUCUUAAAAGAGAUGCUCUUAAUCAAAAGCGAGCAGGUAAUACUGAAGAAGCAAUGGCAUUCCUGAAAAAGGCAAAGUUAUUAGAAAGGAGUCUUAACAGCUCUGAACCUGAAGACUAUAAUUCCGUGUCACAAAAAUCCACUGCUAUAAGGAAAAGUGUGAGUUCUGAAGUUGCUGGUAAGGGAUCAGAUUCCAUUCAUGAGAGAAAUACUAGUGCCACUAAUAAUGUUUCUUCCACAGUGGCACCAAAAAGCAGAUUGAUGAUUCAAAGAGAACUUUUGAGUUUGAAAAAGAAGGCUCUCACAUUGAGAAGGGAAGGGAAAAUGAAUGAAGCAGAAGAAGAAACACAGAAGGGUGCAGCUCUUGAACAACAGCUGAUGGAGAUGGAUAAGGCUUCAAAUCUUAAAACAUCACGAACGAAUACCACUGAUAAUGUCCCUCAUCAUAACCAAGCUGAUUUCCAUAGAAAUCUGCCACUUGAGGAAGGAAGUGAAGAUGACGUAACAGAUCGAGAUAUGUCUGAUCCAACAUAUCUUUCGCUCCUUAGGGAGUUGGGUUGGAAUGAUGACAAUAAUGAUAAUUCUCCAAGCAAGUCUUUGAAGAAAGAUGAUAAUCAUUUUGCUCCAGUCAAUGACGCUUCUCUAAGUAAGCAUUCCACUAAUAUCCGGGUUCAAGCUCCAAGAAGUAAAACUGAAAUUCAGAGGGAACUUUUGGGUUUAAAGAGAAAGGCCCUUGCUUUCAGGCGAGAAGGGAAAGCUGAGGAUGCAGAGGAAGUUCUUAAAAUGGCAAAAGCAUUAGAAGCCCAGAUGGAAGAGAUGGAAGCUGCAAAGAAUAAACCUCAGGUUGAGGCUACUGUGACAAAAGAUGGACUUUUCAAUCCUCCAGUUGAUGAAGAAAGGUACAUGGUUGUUUCAGAAGAGGAUUUGCAUGACCCUACAUUGAAUUCAAUGCUUACUAAUUUAGGGUGGAAGGAUGAUGAAUUUGAAUCUGUGGCCAUAAAAGAAGAUCCAGUUAAGGAAGCUACUGCUACACACACUGUGGAUCUAUCUGCACAUGAUUCUUCUUCAGGCAUUCCUGCUACAGCUUCAAGAAGUGAGGGAGAGAUUCAAAGAGAACUUUUAACAUUGAAAAGGAAGGCACUUGCUUUUAGGCGCAAGGGAGAGAUAGAAGAGGCUGAGCAAAUUUUAAGGCAAGCCAAAACUUUGGAAGACCAAAUGGAAGCUUUUGGGAACCGGAACAAGGACUUGUCACUUAAUGUUUCUAAGGAUCAACAAUCUGUUCUGUCUGAAUCAUCUGACUACCAGGAAAGACAUGGAAGUUUGGGGGUUGCUACUGAAGUUGAUAAUGCUUCAGCCUCAUCUGUGAUUUGGUCAAGUAAGAAUAGUUCUGAAUCAACAUUUGGUUUAGAAAGAAUCAACAAUGAGACAAAUAUUCCCAUCUUAAGGAUGUCUGAUAAUUUAAUUCAUGCAACCUCUCACUUUGCAGAUGGUAAGCAUUCAUUAUCUGCUGAAGGGAGUACUUCAAGUGAAAAUCUUUCAAAGAAGAUGAAAGCAGAAAAAAACAUUGGUCAUAGCUCCUCAGCUGGCCACUCAACGGAUAUGGUAGAUUUACUUACUGGUGAUGGUAGUAACAUGUCUGAAAUAUUGACUAAAAAACAUACAGAAUAUAAACUUGGUUCAGCCAAUUCAUCUCAAGCUGAUCCUGCUAUUCAUUUGAACUCUUCAGUGAAUUUUAACCAAGAUCGGGGAUUCAAAAACAGUGAUACAACUGAAAAAAGAGAAGUGACUGAUGCAAUUGAAAAGCCAAACAUAAACGAGUCAAAUGCUGUUCAGGAUAAUGCUUUUCAGCAUCACCUUCCCUUGCGUCAGGAAAUUUUGGCUCAUAAAAGGAAGGCAGUUACUUUGAAAAGAGAAGGGAAACUAACAGAAGCUAAGGAGGAACUUCGGCAGGCCAAGCUGUUGGAGAAGGGCUUGGAGGAUGGAAAUUUGCUGCCAGACACUGCCUCUUCCUCUGCCUCUGCCACUGUGAACAAUGUUUCCCAUGCAUCAAAUGUUGUACAAAAGAAACAAGAAUCAUCAAAUUUUAGUGCAAAACCAUUGAGUAGUCGUGAUCGAUUUAAAUUGCAACAGGAGUCUCUAGGGCACAAACGUCAAGCCCUAAAGCUACGGAGGGAAGGCCAAAUAGAGGAAGCUGAAGCUUUGUUUGAACGGGCAAAGGCAAUUGAAACCCAGCUGGAGGAGUUGACAGCUCAAGAUUCCAAUAAGUCAGAGGGUGUAGAUGAUGUGGCUGUUGAGGAUUUUCUUGAUCCUCAACUCUUGUCUGCUCUGAAAGCUGUUGGACUUGAUGAUGUAAGUGUUGUGUCAAAACCCCACCCAGAAAGACAAGAGACUGUGAAAUCCAAUGCUAAAGUUGAGAACUCUAACCAAGAGAGAAUUCAGCUAGAAGAAAGAAUCAAAGAAGAAAAAGUCAAGGCACUUAAUUUGAAACGUUCUGGGAAACAAGCCGAAGCCUUAGAUGCUCUUCGACGUGCCAAAUUGUAUGAAAAGAAGCUAAAUUCAUUAACAUCUGGUUGAUGAUGAAGUAAACACUGCAACUUCAAGGUGGGCAAAAAGUCCUCCCGUGUUCAAAUUGUUAGUUACUUUUAGGAUAGUUUAGUUUGUGAGUUUUCAUUGAAGGAGGACCAGAAGGUGCCCAGGAGGUUGCUCCUUCCAUUUCAUGCAUGUUUGCUUUAUUUUGUUCAUAAAUAUUGGAGAAUUUAUACGUGAUAAUUCUCAAGUUACAAUUUUCAAAUGUGGUUCUAAACAUGAAUCAAUGUUGUAUAAUGUGUUUACAUAAAGUGUUAAACAUGGCCAUUCCCAUGAGAUAUUGCCAGAACACUACCUUUUUUCCCCAAA